ACGAACAUUAGCCGAAACUGGGAAAUGGUUAAACAGCAAACAUGUUGAGAAACAAGAUUAAGCUGCUGCAAUGCGUGUCGUCUUUUAUACUCGCCGUCGUCUCCGUCAAUUCCUCGACCACUCCCCUCGUCGGAGUUCAUCCAUUAGAUGAAAAAUACUUCGAGUCAGACAUAAUCAGAUGUAAAGAUGGUUCCAAAUCAUUCCCUAGAGACCGUCUCAACGACAACUUCUGCGAUUGUCUCGACGGAACCGAUGAGCCUGGAACUUCGGCAUGUCCGAACGGAAAAUUCUACUGUCGGAACACAGGAAGUUCUCCGAAGUUUGUUUACUCUUCUCGUGUGAAUGAUCGAAUAUGUGAUUGUUGCGAUGGAAGUGACGAGUAUGAGAGUAGCAUUACUUGUCCCAACACGUGUAUAAUGGGUGGUAACGUUAACUACAUUUACAAGCCUAGACCCGAACGUAAAUCUAUUGAUCGUUCUGUAACAACCGAUCCAGAUAGUUCGAUAACUAUAGCGAAUCUUCAAGACAUGGUCAAGAAUCUCCAAGGUAUGAAGCUUGUGUUCGCACUUCAGUUUGUGUUGAUUGGUUUCUUGGUGAUCUUAUGGAUGCUUAGGCGUCGUGUUCGGUCUGCUAAGAGAAGAAGAUAUCUACUGAAGAGUGUAAAUCCCAAUAGAUCAGCUAACUAACUCUAGGGAACUCUUUUGAAUACGUAGUCUGUUUCUUGAACAAUCUAUACGCGAUUUCAAUCAUUGUUUUCAUGUGUUGUUGCUUUUAAGGAUUGCCUUCCGACAAGAAGAAGAUAUGUUUAAAAUUAGAAUUGGAGAGAACAAAAACAUGUGAUCGUUGAUCGCGUAUAUUAUUGUACAAACGUAAAACAAUGUACGAGAUAUGGAAACUUUUCGUAUGAUUUAAACUUAUGUUUUCUCAAGUGUUC